AAAAGACUCACAUACCAACCUUCACAUCUGUGCACUAUUCCUGUGAAGGCAGUGUAUUGGUGGAGUUUAGUGUCUUCAUCCAAUGUUACAUACAAUUAGACUUUUUUUUCUCCUUUUUAAACAUUUUGUGGACUCUUACUUUGAAUAGGAAUGGAAACUCGGAAGAGUUUAGCUAUAAUUGGAUGAAGGUGAAGAGACUGUAACCAGUCAGUGAGAUGAAGCUAUGGUUUAUAUGUUGGUGCAAUUCAAAUGGACAUAACAAAACUCUUCUGUGAAUUCUGUAUGUAAGACUCACCGUCCUGCAGUGCUGUACAAUCUUUAUCUGCUUGCAUGAAAGCAGAAGUACAAGGUUUUAGUUACACAAGUUCUUCUUCCUCAUGUUCAUUUGACACUCUUGAAAAAGGCAGUAUCAAAAACAAUCCUUUCACACAUCAUCUAGCUCUGGUAUAUUAAAAAAACCCCUGACUCAGCAGCUUUCAAAACUAUUAAUUAAGCUAGGUAUCAUGGUUGAGUUUAACUAAGCCCUCAAAAUAUGUAAGCAUCAUAUUACAUAUGUUAAUACAGGGUUAUAAAGUUCUUAUUCUAAUACACAUACACAUUAAAACAGAUACUUAUUAAUAGCAUGUGUCAACAUCUUUACAUGUUGCCAGUCAGUGUCAUGCAAUAUUUACUGAAGUUGAUACAGAUUUCAUAAAUGAAGCUUUCUCAUCUCUCUCAUCUUUCUGUUCCACAAACAACUUAUGGUAAUUUAUUAUUUAUUUACACUAAACAAUAAAUGUAUGCAUAGAGAUUCAGAUCUAAAAUCCUUGUGAAGAGGUGAACUGUAAAGACAGGGUAGAGUUGAAUCCUUCCUACAGGCUCUCAUAUUUUAAUAAUGUGCAGUCACUGAAUCUGAAAGAUUUCUUUUAGUUGUUUAGAGAACUUUCUUCUGGUUUCCAGGAAGGGACAUGACACAGUCACUAGUUACUCAUGAUUAGCUUUUUUUCUUUCUUUUUUUUUUUUUUAAAUUAAAAGAUUUUUCUCUCUGAGGAUGGUGUACAACUGGCAAAUAGGAUGACUACCUGUGUUAUCUUGUGGUUUUCUUUUAUUAUGUUGCUGACCAGAGCCCAUACUCAAAUUUCUAAUGAGCAUUUGACUAACUGAAAGAAUAUUGUGAAACAGUGAUCAUGGAAUAGAGUAUAUGCUCUAAUAUGUGUGUAAUCAAUAUGUGUAUGUAAUCAUACGGGGUUUUUAUUACAAAUAAGAUAAUGGCAUAUCACAAAAGAUAAUCUUACCUUCCAUCCAGGUUAUAAUUUUCUACCAGAAAUAAUGUUUAUUAUUUAUUAAUACUACCAGUAAAUUCUGUAAUUUAGUUGAGAUUAAACUAGCAAAUUAUUGAGAGGCAAUUUUUAAAAGAUACUUAAAUUGAAUUUAUAUCUGAUGGGGGCUGUGUGGCUUCUUCUCUAUUUGAUUCAGACACUGUAAUUAAUCUUUAUUUGAUUCAGACACUGUAAUUAAUCGUGCUUGAACAAGAAACAUGAUUAUUUGUUCUGAUGUUUUUCCCAGCUCAUGUUAAGUGAAAUUUCUGUCUUACAAUGAGACAACUUUCAGUAAAUUAAAUACAGAUUUUCAUUUAUGUACAUAGUUACCUGAAGAUGCAUAUUGAAAUCUAAUGGCACUUUUCAGAAAAGCAUUCUGGCGUUUUUACAGACAGAUAACAAUUUACAGGUACAGACAGACCCAGCCUUCUUUGCCCACAUGGUGAGAGGACUGAAUGCAAAUCAGUUCCAACCUGGGAAACAAAUAGUUGUCCUAAUCUGGCACUGAAUCUGGAAUGCCUAACCAAUAGGUAGGAUGGAAGAUUCCUGUGUCACUUAGGCUUUUCCAGAAAAACAAACAAACAAACAAAGCCAAAAAAAAACCCCACACACAAAAACCCCCCACCAACUGAUAAGUACUUCAAAUGUGCCUGGACGUGAAGAAACCGGAGGAGCAUGUCUGGCUCUGCAGGGCUGGAGAGGAUUCUGAGAAGGGAAAUUUUUGGAGUCCUGGCAUUCAUUUAUGCAAGGAAGAAGAUGAGACACCUUUUAUUUCUAAUAAUUUGCCAGUGUGCCACAAACAGUGUCAAAACACACAGUGCUUCAAAUCCCAGUGUAAUUUUACUGAUGGCUGAUGAUCUUGGUAUUGGAGACCUGGGAUGUUACGGGAACAGAACGUUAAGAACCCCUAAUAUCGACAAGCUAGCAGAGGAAGGAGUGACACUUACUCAGCAUAUAGCAGCAUCCCCACUUUGUACUCCAAGCAGGGCAGCUUUCCUGACAGGACGAUAUCCUAUCAGAUCAGGAAUGGCUGCCUUCUCACGAGUUGGUGUCUUCUUAUUUUCUGCCUCUUCUGGGGGACUUCCUUUUGAAGAAGUAACUUUUUCCAAACUCCUGAAGCAGAGAGGUUAUGCAACAGCUCUAAUAGGAAAGUGGCAUCUUGGGAUGAACUGUGAAAGCAGUAAUGACUUCUGUCACCACCCCCUCAGUCAUGGAUUUGAUUACUUUUAUGGGCUUAUUGUGACCAAUUUUAGAGACUGCAAACCUGGCCAAGGCAGCGUAUUUUUAAAAGGGGUAGAGAAAUCCCUUGUCAUCACAAUCCAAAUUGCUGGAAUCACUCUGGUCUCUUUGGCAAUAGUGCAGUACAUUGGCCUUCUCAAAGUACCUUUCCAAGCAUUGAGUUACUGUUUGUUAAUAACCGCUAUUUCACUUGCGGUUUUGAUUUUUUUCUUUUAUCAUUUUCGACACUUGAACUGCUUCUUAAUGAGGGACCAUCAGAUUAUCCAGCAGCCACUAUCCUAUGAGAACCUGACUGAGAGACUGACAAAGGAAGCUGUGCAGUUUAUAGAAAGGAACACUGAUGCACCAUUUCUUCUAGUCCUGUCUUAUCUUCAUGUUCAUACUGCUCUAUAUGCUUCAAAAAAUUUCAGAGGAAGGAGCAAGCAUGGUUUAUAUGGGGAUGCAGUGGAGGAAAUGGACUGGAGCGUAGGACAGGUUCUGGAUGUGCUGGAAAAAUAUAACCUGACUGAUAAAACUCUUGUAUAUUUUACAUCUGAUCAAGGGGCUCAUGUUGAAGAAAUCUCCAGUUCUGGAGAAGUCCAUGGAGGAUACAAUGGCAUAUAUAAAGGUGGAAAAUCAAUGAACUGGGAAGGAGGUAUUCGUGUGCCAGGGAUUCUCCGUUGGCCUGGAGUGAUACAGGCUGGUGCCUAUAUUGAUGAACCAACAAGUAACAUGGAUAUAUUUCCUACCAUAGUCAAACUUGCCGAGGCACAGUUACCCUCUGACAGAAUUAUUGAUGGACAUGAUCUGAUGCCCUUACUUCAAGGAGAAGUUACCCGAUCCAAGCAUGAAUUUCUCUUCCAUUACUGUAAUGCAUAUUUAAAUGCAGUGCGCUGGCAUCCAGGAAACAGCGAAUCUGUCUGGAAAGUCUUCUUCUUCACUCCAAACUUCAGUCCUGAAGACUCCAAUGGUUGCUAUGAUUCUCAUGUUUGCUUCUGCCAUGGAGGAUUCAUCACAUGGCAUGAUCCCCCACUGCUCUUUGAUCUCUCCAGAGACCCCGAAGAGAAAGUCCCACUGACUCCAGAAACAGAGAGCCGUUUCUAUGAAAUCCUCAAGGUCGUACACCUAGCAGUAGACAACCACACCAGAUCCCUGCAUGCUGUCCCUGACCAGCUGUCGUGGGACAACCUUCUCUGGAAGCCGUGGCUCCAGCUGUGCUGCUCAUCUCUCUUUCAGUCUUGCUACUGUGACUAUGACUCAGAAGGGAGCCAGCUGGAGAUGCAUUCAGGAUAAACAAGCUGCAAUUUCCUUUCAGAAACUGGAACAAGAGAAUGUGGGUAGCUGACCUGAACCACUGCAGUGCUAGCCUUCAGAAGGUUUUGUUAUGUAGGAGGACCUGUCUUUAAAUAUAUCAUUGCAGUAGAAGAGAAUUUCAGUCAAGAAAAUGUGCCAAGAGAAGGAGGGCAAGGCACACCUUUUCUGUCUAUAUAAUACAAGAAUCAGUAAAAAGCGCAUGUUACUUUCCUCAUCUACAAAUGGGUAGGCUACAGGCAUUUUCUAGAAGAGAUAAUUUUCUAGAUCAUCAACUUCAGCUUUUUUCUUAUACAGCAAGGAAUUUACCUCUAGUUUCUGUCAAUUACAACUACUAAAUGCACACUUUUCUUUCCUUUUUGCCAAAUGUUAUCUUCCAUUAAAAAGACAUAGCACCAAGUGAUUAAAAAUAGAAAAUAGUGGAGAGGUCCACCUGUGAUUAUAAUUUGAUAACUGAUAGUAAGACCUGAAACAUCAUCUCUGUCAACAAGCAUCAAAGAUAUGAAAUAAUAAACAGAUUGCCAACAAUCUAACAUUGCAUGUGUCAUAAAAAUGUGAAGACCUUUGUAGUGGAAGAACUUACAUCCACAUUAAAAUGGUGCUUCCUAGCUAGUGUCAUACUGCAUGGCAGAAACCUUUGUUUAAAAAAGAAACCACUUCAAAUGCACCAGUCGUGCUUGAGUGUGUACCAUAAGUCUCCAUAUAUAUAUACAUAUAUAUACAUAUAUAUAUAUAUGUGCAAGCCAAAUCCAUAACUCCACCCCCAAAAUAUAAAUCUUUCAGUCCUUGAUACAGACACACCCUUAUGGUCAUAGCCCAGUUGCUAAAAUGAAAGAUUUGGUCCAUACUUACUAUCUGUGUUCCAAAUUCACAUUCAUUGCAAGGAUAUCUUUCACUAUCUACCAUACCUAUUCUUCCACUGAUUAAUGUAGUGCACAUCACAGAUAAAUAAAAUUCGGUCUUCCUUUAAAUAUCUUUGCCAUCAUUUAAUCUCUCUGAAUAGGACCUAUCAUUUUCUGAGGAGAAACUUGGGCUCGAGUGCUUAAAGCCAAAUAUAACUGUCUCUGAGUUCUUAGCAGGGCCUUGGGAAAUCUACAGUACUUCAGGGCUAGCUUCUGUAUCCAUUUUUAUCUGCAUCUUAUUCAGGCAGAUUUUAUUUCCACUCUACAGGCAGGCAAACUAUUUUCUUUGGCAGAAUGUACUAGAGGAGAACAUACCAGCAAAAUACUAAAAUGAUUAGAUGCCUGAUAAUAGAAGGUGACUUGCUCCUUAUCAGAAAAUACUAGUUAAUUCCAACAUUAUAAUGUAUUAAAAUCCGUUUGGUGCAAAAGUGAUCUGUGAUGAUAAUAAUGCAAUAGUUUCAGUCAGCCAACAUUAAGGUUGUGACCUGGUUCUUGGGAGCUAUUGAAGCCUGUCCUGUAAAAAUGUAUUGUGAUAUAUGGUAUAUUUCUCUGUCUGUAAAACCUAGGUUUUAUUUGAUUUUUCUGCUGCAGUUUCAUUCAAAAUUUAAUUUUUCACAAUAUCCAGAUGCCUGUCCUGGGAAAUGCUCUACUUUUUCCUUGAAGUCCUAUUUUUGAUGUUUCAUCUUGUGCUUAUGAUUGUGUAUCUUAAGCAUGUGCUCUGCAAGCUCUCUGUAGGCAGCAAAGUCUUGUGUAUGCUGAUAAAGUUAGUCUGUUCAGGUAUUUCCCUGUUAACCACUCAGGACUGUUUAUAUUGUACCUGGAAAGCUAUCAGAUGGCUAUUCGUGUGGCAUAAUUACCUCUUUGCUUUAUUUAAUCACUGAAUGUGCUACAUAAACUUAGGAAGGAAGAUGCCUACAGUUUGAAUACAUGUACUCUUCUGCAGUGAUAGCGGCUGCUUCUCAACAUCACAACCAGAUCCAUACACCCCAAAGUUUUGGCUCCUCAGGCCUUCCCCCACAGCAGGUGGGCAGCCCAGGCUGCCAGCUCCCCCAGCACUGAACUCCACGGCAUGGGGGGAGGCUCUCUCCAGCUCCCGCAGCUCUGCUGCAGCUUACACACAAAUUUUCAAGCAAAUAUUCCUGCUGAAGCAUAUGGGAGAAAAUAUGUUGUGUGUUAGGUAUAUAUCAGUAACUCAGACAAGUUGUUUGGUGUCAUUGGAUCUGUUUUGUUCCCACAGUUGCUGGGCUGUGACCUUAACAGGGAUCUCAAUUUAUAUUCUCAAGGACAUCCACAUGUACUUCUUUUCAUCAGGAAGAUGCUACAUUGCUCUUAUUUCUUUUCUUUCUGGAGGUGCAAGAAUUGUUCUGUUAGGCACAACAGCUGUUCUGUGCUGCCUGACUGAGGUAUCAAAAAUGAUGAUUUUUCUGCUUCUCUGAUUUCUUCUUGCCUGAAUAUGUCAUUUUUUCAUACCCUUCUUGGCUUUUGGUGGCAUCUCUCUAAUCUCCUUUCUUAAAAUGUCCACAUCCCUCAAACACUUUUCCACCUAUUUGCCACAUAGUCCUCCCUUUUGUUUGACAUAUUGAUCACGAUGGUUAUUUUGCCCUCAUCAACCAGAAAAUGCAAAGUGGUCUUUGUGAAAAGUUUUGACUUUUAGGACUCCUUGACUCUGCUAACCUUCUACUUAUUUAAGGUCUAGCAAGGAUUAACUUUGCAUUAUGAAAUCUAAGAAAUUAAAACACACCCAAGACACCCUGAAUAAUAUAAGUAAUUUUUUGUUUGUGGCACAAGCUUCCUAUUUUCUAAAAUAUGAUUUCAUACAACAUUUAAUAUUUUGACUGAAGCAGUUAAACCCGAAAUCCAUUUUUACAAAUGUUUUUUCAAGAAAGAUGUUAUUAAGAAUAGAAUUUUUCAUACUCUAUGUUAAUGCCAUUUCAUUUAAUACUUAAAAUAAAUUUUCCCUGUAUUGCAAAUGUAUUAUAACUUCCAGUACUGUACCUUCUGUUCUGGAGAUGGCAUGUCAAACCAUGGUAAUUAGUCUUGUUUAUCUGCAAAAUAAAAUGAGAAACACAGGAUACAAUUUUUGUAGUGACACUGCCUGAACUAACAAGGAAAAGUAUUGUUUUUCACAACAGGUUAUUGAUGAAAUACAUUUGAUUCACAAUUUAUUAACAAAGAAGGCUCAAAGAGCAUGUGUUGCUCUGGUACUUUGAGACUGUCUUUCAAUCUAUCAUUUAACGAGCAUCAGUAUUGUAACAUGGUGCCUAUUUGUAGAAUAUAUCAGUUUAAACUGGGAGUUAAGCUUUAGAGGGAAGUGUGUUCCUUGACAGUAUUAUUUAACAAUAUCGCAUCCUAGUUUGUCACAGAGUCCCUGUAUGGCCCAGAGCAAGUAAUUUAACUCUGUUUCUCUCUUCCUCCUCUGCACCCAAAGAAGGAUAACAGUAUUUCUCUAACUGUUGGGAAUACUGAAAGAACAAAAAAUGCUGAAAGUGGUAAGCUGGUAAAGAUGAACUUUCUAGUCAAUAAGGCACCUUCUCUACAGAAGGUACAGUUUAAGAGCUGGAAAUUUAGGAUGUAGAAGAUCCCCCUAUACUAGGAGGUAUAAGAUCCUCCUAUACUAGGAGGUAUAAGAUACCCUUAUCUGUGCUUACUGUUUAGCACUUGUGGGAUCAGGGCCUGCAGGAGAAAGUACAGAUGGCUAAAAAAGACGCACACUGGGGAUUCAGAGAAAGAUAUUAGUCACAUUUUUCUAAUUAUAUUUAUUCUCUCGUUUAGCAGACAUAGGAGACUAUAUGGAAUUAUUUAAAUAAUAUUUCCCCCACAGGGACUGGAUGUCACAGGUUCUUGGCUCUUAAAAAUAGAGAUAUUUUGACUUCAAAUUACUGCAUCAGAAAAAAAAAAAAAAAAAAAAAAAAAAGGAAAAAGGAAAUAUGAGCCUUGGAAAUAGGUGUUAUCUUACUGAAAUCCAACUGGAAGUUUGCAUAGGACUAAGCGAAUAUUUUCCAUAUCCGUCACAGCUCAGUGAGAGUCAUCACUUGCCAGCAGUAGUUUAUUUCGCGUUGUAGUAAUCUGAGAUCUGGGUGUCCAGAUGCGUGUACAAUGUAGAAAAUUUCACAUGAGAUUUGACCUGAUAUAGGAACAAAUGGAGAAAGAGAGAACAAGAGGGCAAGUAUAGCUACAAAAAUCCUAUGCUCUAAUAGAUUACAUGCAUUAAAAUAUAGGGGGGUUUGAUUUACAUUAGUACAUGACAGUUCUGUGCAUAAGACACAACUUUUUAUAUUCUCUGUCGUUUCUCUUUCCUCUGGCAUUGCCUGUGCAGCAUCUGAAAUAUGCCCUGAGGAGCUCACUUUCAAGAGUCCACCUUGUCCGAGUACAAGCAGAGUGGCCGGCCACGUGGGCAGGAGGAACAGCUGGCAUAGCAAAACUCCACACUGGGAACCACCAGGGAACAAAUGGUUUCUGGAGGUUGUCUCCAACCUGAAGGCAGAGGCCUACUAAUUGCUGGUUCCUCUGGGUCUGUCAGGGACUGCAGGUGAUCGGGAAGAAUGAGGUUGCCUCUGUGGCUGGCUGGACUGCAGUGUAUUCUGCAUCACUAUCCUUUGGUGUCAGACGGUCAGGUGGAAAUUUGCCGGGGGCCCGCUGGGGUGCAUGUCCCCCUGCCUCUGAAUAAACACACCAAGCAUCAUUCAGGAGGUAACAGAUCUGAAUCUGAAGUUCUGGAUCUAAAACAACAACAGUCACGCAUUUUGUUCCCUGGAAGACCAGAAGACCUGAGCCAGGCUCUAGGGACUCCCCAAAUUGUAAAUAAUUCAGGGAGUCCUGGAAAUACCUUGAUAGAUCAUAUGGCUUUUCAAAAAUGUUUUAGUGUUCUUGGUAGGUUUUAUUUACAUCAAAACCAGUAGGAAUAUGCCUAAAACGUUACCUGUACAGCAAUGGAUGUUGCAAUUUAUUCUUAAGAUUGCCCAUGGUCGUUUUAACCUGCUGGUUCAGUACUUAGUGCCGUGACCUUGUGCCAAUAAGAGGUCCAGCAACUGAAGGUUUCUUACUGAAGCUUGCACUAUGCUGGCUAGUGAGAUAAAAAGUGGCUUGAUUAUUCUCAUAUCUCUAAUUCUACUGUCAAAGUUAUGAAACACUGCAGAUCUUGCAGCGUGUGGAUUACAGGCUUUGCAAUGCUUAUACAGAAUCUCUUGAAUACUUAAAAAAACAUUUAUUUUAUAUAAAUCAUGGUAGAUUUCCUUUGUAGAUUAAUGUUAAACUUCUCUAUAAAAGAAUGAUGCCACAGAUAUUUUCCUUGAAAAAUAAAACUAUGUUUGAAGAGAAUAGAUUCAGCAUAUAUGGUCAGCUUAGUUACAAAAAUCCCUCCAAUAUUGUUUAUUCUACAACUGUCAAAUAAUAAAGCCUUUUUAUGCUGAUAAUA